AUGUUCUCAAAUAACGAUGAAGCUGUAAUAAAUAAGAAACUCCCUAAGGAACUGUUACUCCGAAUAUUCUCCUUUCUGGAUGUAGUCACCUUGUGUCGCUCUGCCCAAGUCUCCAGGUAUUGGAAUGUCCUGGCACUGGAUGGUAGUAACUGGCAGCGGAUCGACCUGUUUGACUUUCAAAGAGAUAUAGAGGGCCGAGUAGUAGAGAAUAUUUCCAAAAGGUGUGGUGGCUUUUUACGGAAGCUUAGUUUGCGUGGAUGCCUUGGCGUGGCAGACAACUCUUUAAGAACCUUUGCUCAGAAUUGCAGAAAUAUUGAACAGUUAAGUCUGAAUGGAUGCACAAAAAUCACAGAUGCAACUUGUACUAGUCUCAGUAAAUUUUGCUCUAAGCUAAAAUGUUUAGAUCUAGCUUCAUGCACGUCUAUCACAGAUCUUUCAUUAAAGGCUUUGAGUGAGGGAUGUCCACUUCUGGAACAGCUGAAUAUAUCCUGGUGUGAUCAAGUGACGAAGGAUGGAAUUCAAGCCUUGGUGAGAGGCUGUGGUGGUCUGAAGGCUCUGUUUCUUAAAGGAUGUACACAGCUUGAAGAUGAGGCUUUGAAAUGUAUUGGUGUUCACUGUCCUGAGCUGGUCACCCUGAACCUACAGACUUGUUCUCAGAUCACAGAUGAGGGGCUGAUAACCAUCUGCAGAGGAUGCCAUAAACUGCAGUCACUCUGUGUCUCUGGCUGCAGUAACAUCACUGAUGCUAUUUUGAAUGCAUUGGGACAGAACUGCAUUCGACUUAGAAUAUUAGAGAUUGCUAGAUGUUCACAGUUAACUGAUGUGGGAUUUACCACAUUAGCUCGGAAUUGCCAUGAGCUUGAGAAGAUGGACCUGGAAGAGUGUGUUCAGAUCACAGACAAUACUUUAAUUCAGCUUUCUAUUUACUGUCCACGGAUCCAAGUGUUGAGUUUGUCUCACUGUGAAUUGAUCACUGAUGAUGGUAUCCGCCACCUUGGGAAUGGGGCCUGUGCUCAUGACCGAUUGGAAGUGAUUGAGUUGGACAACUGCCCACUGAUCACAGAUGCCUCACUUGAAUACCUAAAGAACUGUCACAGUCUGGAAAGGAUAGAGCUGUAUGACUGUCAACAGAUAACACGUGCUGGGAUCAAGAGACUCCGAACACACUUACCCAACAUUAAAGUUCAUGCCUACUUUGCUCCAGUGACACCUCCUGCAUCAGUAAGCGGUGGUCGCCAGCGUUUCUGCAAAUGCUGUAUCGUCCUAUGA